CAUUGCCCUCGCUGCUGCUGCCCUCGACGACGGCCUGCUCGACCAGCCACCGGCCAACGCAGCCCGGACAGCAUGCGCAACAGCCGGCAGCCCUGGGCGCGCGGAGUGUGGAGGUGGCUCUGCCCGUCUCGUCGACCGCCCCGCUGCGCCCCUACGUCACCCCCGGGUCACCGUGGCGCAUCCGCCCGCCGCCGCCGCCCAUAAGAGCGCACUCCGCGGUGAGCAGCACCCCAACGCACACCACUCACGACACCAUGGACAAGACCUCUGACCUCCUCGCCGCCCUCAACGCCGGCAAGCUCCCCUCCAACCACCAGCUCGCAGCCUGGGUCGACGCCGCCCUCGGCUCGCCCAUCCUCAGCGCAGACCCCGACCCCGACGGCGGCGACCUCAGCCAGCAGGGCAGGGUCCUCCAGGCCGACCUCCGCGGCAUCCUCGUCGCCUGGAAGGAGCUCGCCGAGUCUAAGAAUGGCGACAACGUCCUCCAGGACGCCCUCUGGCACCUCUCCGCCGCCGACCUCUCCGCGACCACCGCAAACGUCGACGUCGACGCCGACCAGGCCCACCGCGACGCCCGCAAGCUCGCCCGCGCCCUCCGCGCCCUCGUCUCCGUCAUCAGCGAGAACCUCGCCCAGGAGGGCCGCAGCGUCUUCCACGACUUUGCCAGCUUCUCCCGCCUCGCCCUCGCCGACGCCGCAGAGUACGUCGCCCAGGGCGCGCACCGCACUGCCGAGGGCCUUCGCGAGCUCGACACCCAGGUCGACGCCGGCGAGCGCACCGAGGUCGGCCUCAGGAAGCGCAAGGCGGACGAGGUGGAUGAUGAAGAUGCCGACGCGAAGGUCAAGUUCGAGCGCGGCAUGGACCAGGCGAAGGGUGUCGGCUCGAACGCGAUAGGCGCAGGCCAGGUCGCAGUCGGGACCGCCGAGGACGUCGCGAGCCGCACGAGUACGCGCCUCCAGGACGCGUUCAACACGAUCUGCGACCGCGCGCAAGACGACGAGCAGUACCACUCCGCCGUCUCCACCCUCUUCGACGUCGCACACAAGUGGGUCCACCGCUCCCUCGACAGCGCGGGUGACGUCAACAAGGACACCUCCCUCGAGGCCUUCAUCAACGACCCCACCCCCGAGCACCACCUCAUCCACGCCAUCCGCGGCCUCCGCACCGCCCUAGAGCGUCUCGCCGGCGGCAAGUCCCUGGACGACCUCUUCGCCGCCCUCCGCAUGUGCGGCGCCGACGUCCAGCAGGACGACGCGAUCCGCGCGUGGUGCGACGCUGCCCUCGACCAUGCGCGCAGGUGUCUCGACGAGGCGGGAUACGUGCGGAGCGAGGAGGCGAGCCAGAAGAGCGAACAGCUCCGCCGCGAGUGGCGCGAGCUCUUGGACAAGGACUCGGACAAGGGGCGCAAGUGGAAGGAGGACGUCGGGAAGCUCAGCGCUGAGGCGACGGAGUUUGAGCGCGCGAUCGAGAGGGACGAGGCCCUCAGGAAGGUCAGGGCGGCGCACAGGAAGCUCGGCGACGACCUCGAGCAGAGUGUCGUCGUCGCCGGCGGUGCAGGCUUGCAGGCCAUCAUGGAGAAGGCACCGUGGUUCUGGCAGGACCUGUUCAACUUCUACCUGCCCAAGGCUGUCGGUAUGCUGAAGGACAUCCCCAUUCCAAGGACGGAGUACAAGGACGAUGACGUCGAGUUCGUGCUCGAGGACCUCGACAUCUCGAGCUUCGGCCUGCUCCCCGGCCACGCAUACAUCCGCAACAUCACGGACAUCGACAUCCAGGCACCCACCAGCGGCCAGACCAACACCGCCGUCGGCUCCCUCACCCGCAUCUACGUCCAGGCCCUCCACCUCGCCCUCCGCGAGGUCAGCUUCUACUACAAGGACAAGACCGCCACCGUUGGCCCGGCCGAGUUCACCGGCCUCCUCGAGUUCACCCUCCCGCCCCAGGGCAUCGACGUUGACGUCGUCGUCCGCAGCAUACCAAACUCCCCCGAAGGCCUCAAGGAGCGCGAGCGCCGCGGCGGCUUCGUCGAGGUCCAGCGCGUCGAGGCCCGCGUCAGCGAGGACGUCGACGUCCGCAUCACCCAGAGCAACCACUCCGUCCUCGUCAGUGUCUUCCGCCCGAUCAUGGUCAGCCGCUUCCGCGACGCCCUUCGCGCCGUCCUGGAGCAGCAGAUCCGCGUGGCCAUCGAGUCCGUCGACGCCCUCCUCUGGGACGUCGGCAAGCGCGCGGACGUGUUCGACGAUGCGGGCCUCGGACGCGGCGCGGCGUUCGUCGCGGGCUUCUGGAGCGAGCUCGGGCACAUCCAGAAGCGCAGCGGCAGCGGCGGCCUUCUGGGCGGCUGGCGUGCGACGGGGACGGGCGUGGUCCGGAAGGACGGCGCGACGCAGUUCGCGAUGGGCGCGGAGCCGCAGGUGCUCGGCGGCGAGAAGCGUGGGCCCAAGGGCACGUUGAGCGACUCGGUCGCGGAGCGGUAUGACGUCGAGGGUAAGAAGCAGGCUGCGGCGGAGACGGGCGAGCAGCUCAGGGGCGUUGCGGAGCAGGCGAAGGAGAGUGUGAAGGAGGGCGUGCAGAAGGCGCGCAGUUUUGGCGAGGCGGUCGAGAGGAAGGCGGAGGAGGAACGGAGCAGAGAUGGGUGGCAGAGCAGUGCGUUCGACGUGGCCGUCUGAGGACCUUUGCUUCUGCUGGGAACGAACGAACGAAAGUAUUGUAUUGUACUCGUGUAGUGUAAUAUACAUGUAGCUUUAUACACGUGCUACAAGAGAAAAGCUCGAUGUCCUGGAGCCGUGCAUGAGGGAGAUCAGGGCCCUACCGAC